AUGGCCCAGCCGAUGGUCGACAAUCCCAGUGAAAGUGGGUCCAGAUGGGCUCCCCGCAAAUUAACCCUAUCUUGCUCCCGGUGCAGGUGGGCCAAGCUCAAAUGCGACCGCAAAGAGCCGUGUCUUGAAUGCAUCAAGCGCGAUCUGGGCCAUCUCUGCGUCAAAGAUGAACGCCGACCAAGAGCCAAGCGGACAAAACGGAAUCAGCAUGCCACCGCGCUCGAGAAGACAAAUAAAACAAGUCCCGUGGCAGACGACCAGGAGACUGAGGUAGAGGAAGCAGUGCAGGUACUUGAGUACUUUGUCAAUGGGGCCAUGCACAAUGCCAGUUCUCCCACCACAGCAACAUCGUCAGUGGUUGCGGACUCUCCGAACAUGUAUUGGGAGGCUGUAUGCCACCCCCAGCGACAGACAGAGAAGCUAGCAUUGCUGCAAGAAGUUGUCGAUACGCUGCCGGAGCCCGAGUUAAUCCACUGCCUGUACGAGGUCUUCUUAACGCGCUGUCAAGGGUCAUUGGAGAAUGUCGUGCAUACUCCGACAUUCCGAACCGAAGCAGAGUUGCUUUGCGGUUGCUUGAGUUAUGUUUCGCCAGAGGCACGGGUGAGAGCAUUAGCGGCGAGUUUCUCUCUAGACUCGCUGGCUUGCUAUCUCUUGGCGCUAGUCUUAGGUCUAGCCUUCUUUCCCACUCCCUCAAUCUUAGGGUGGUCCUGGACGCCCCUGUCCAUGCGAGUACAAGAGCUACGAGCAUCAGAUGUGCACUCCAAGACAUGGCGAGCACUUGCGUUGCGCUGCCUCCAUGGUGGGGUGACAAUGUUCAGUGGCUCGAUCGCCGCGUUGCAGGCCGCCAUCAUGCUUCUGCUUGAUAGCCAAGAGGACUCCUUGACUCUGGAUGCGAUCUUAGUGACCGCUAUCUCCGGGGCUCAGAAACUGGGCUCGCAUACAUUGGGCGACGCCAAGCUUCAAGUCUGCACAUCACCUGCGCCCGACCCAGGAUCUUCAACAAAGGGGCCAGACUGCAUACGAACCGAGCUCGGGGUACGCAUUUGGUGGGCACUUACUCUCCGCGACUGGUCGCGCGCUCAGAGGCUGGGAUACUAUACCAUCCAACCGUGCCAAUUCACCACGCGAAAACCCCUGAACAUCAACGAUGAAGACCUCAGCCCAUCGACAGAGCAUACCGACUCGGACGGCUACAUCAUUUCCCGGCCGCGCCACGAAUUCACACAACUAUCCUACACAAUCCAUGCCCUCGACAUCGCCAUCCUAAUCCGAACCCACCUCAACGCAAAGUACGGAUCCUUCAUCGCCAACCUCCCCGCCCACUUCCGCCUGGGCAGCAUCAUCGGCCUCGCCGCGCAGGGCCCGCAAGCCGCCAUCCCCGUCCUCCGCUGGAUGCUCCACCAGCAACUGUGGAGCCUCAUGCUCCGGCUCUACCGCGCAAGCCUCCUAAGCCCGGACGGCCGAGCAUCGUGCCAGCUGCUCGCGCAGAACCUCAUCAGCACACAGGCCCAGAUCCAUGACCGAUGCACCGUGUGCGGGUCCCUGUCGUCGAGCGACGGCCAGCUGUUCAACGCCGCCGCCGUGCUACUCAUCGAUCUGCUGUUGGCCCGGACGAAGAGUCCGCAACAAGAUGCCUGUCCUUCGACAGCCGCGCAGCUUAGUCGGCUGAUGAUGAGGGACAAAGUGAGGGAGGCGAUCGAGCUGUUACGGGCGCGCAGCGAGCGGAGCACGGCCGAUUCUCCGGGAAUUUUAUCGCACGAGCGGCAGAGAGCCUCGGCGACGCGAGGGGUCCUUGCCCUGGAGGCUCUGAUGAGUCUGGAGGAAGAGGACGAGUAUCCUGCGGAUAUGCAGGGCUCGAGUGGAGGCGAGCAGGCGAGCGGAUGUGGCACGCUGAAGUCGAAGUUGUCGAAGAUCCUGGGUGAGGUGCAGCAGAGCAUGCGGACUCCGUCGACUGGGACGGGGACGCCUAGUUUAUCUUCUUUGGAGGCUAUCGAUCGGUCUGUGUCCUCGGGAGCUGAUGUGCCUUCUGCGCAUGAUCUGGAUGUCUUGCCGAUUGUGUCGAAUGAUCCUGGGUGUGAUAUUUGGGAAUACCUCGAUUUUGAUAGUGGGCUGCUUCCGAAGGAUGGAGUGGAUGGGGUGUUCUGGGAUGCAUGAUUGGUUGUGGUUGAGGAAAGCAAGAUGGGG